AUGAAUUCAACCAACAAUUCAACGGAUAUAGGAGGUGGUGGUCCACAAGGGAAUACUCAGUCAUCAAGUGUUUCAGUAUCUGAUAUUAUCCAAAUUCCUUUACUUUCUCUGACGAUUAUCUCUUCGAUACUCUAUAUAAUUCUCGUUUUGGUUAAACGAGCAACCCGAGCAAAUAAACUCAAUUGGUACACAAUUAAUCUUUGCUUCGCCAGUAUUUUACUUUGCAUCGUGAUGAUAAUAAUGUGCAUUAAACGUAUUUUUGACAUCUCUACGUCUUCAUUACCGUGUCGGUUACAAGCAUUUUUAGUAAAUACGUCUACUUGCCAGUUAAUGUACGCACACGCUGUUGUUACCAUCAGUCGAUUUCUUGGCAUUGUACAUGGAAACAAGCGUUUCUUUCAGUCGACAUUAUUUUUAAUCGGUGGUCUUCUUUUGGGCUGGUUCAUUGCAUUUGCUGUAGCAGUACCAUAUUUAUUAAUCGACAGUUUCGCCUGUUCAUCACGAAACGCCUUCUUAUCCUACUAUACACUUGUCGCUACAUUAAUUAUUCCAGUUCUAACGGUUUUAUUAUUCAAUAUUCGUAUAUUCGUGUUUGUUUCACAGUCAACUCGACGUGUUCACGCCGAAGGAGGAAACGCUGGUUCAGCCUCACAUACACGUGAUAUGCACUUGUUAAAAACGAUGAUUAUCACAUUCGUCAUUUUUAUUGCGGGAUGGGUUCCUCUUUUCAUCUCACAAAUAUUCAUCGAAAGUUUCACUCUUCCAAAACUUGUCGAUUAUAUUUUUCAAGUGUUACCAGCGAUAAGCAUGCUUUGCGAUAUCAUCGUGUUAAUUUAUAUCAAUCCACCCAUCCGUCGGUUUCUCGGUCAAAUCAUUCGUAAACAACAACAGCAUCAACAACAACGUGCUUAUAUUGAUAACACUUUAACCAAUCGAGAAAAAAUAAACUAUCAACGAAAAUGA